AAAUGUCUAUCGAUAUCGGUGACCAACGUGCGGUUGGUAUUAAUCAUUCCCAUUCCAAAGAUAAAUAAAACCUCCGGCCGGCAUGAAAUUCGCGAUCGAGAGCAUCAGCAAGAACUCCGGACGCCUGGGUCAACUGCGGAUCAAAGAUGGAGGACCCGAGCUCAGGACUCCGCUUCUCCUGCAGACAACUAAAGGAGGUAGCAUUCCAUGGCUCAGUGCAGAUGUGUUCGAGAGUCAUGUCAGCCAGAAGCCACAGGUGCUCCAGUUCACGCUGUCCACCAUGGACCAAAUGACCGAGGCACUGACGCAAUGGCACAGCAGUGGAGAUCGCGGACUUAGCGACUAUGUGGGAUUCCCCGGACACCUGAACAUCCUGCUGCUGCGAGAUCCCUGUGAAACAACGCCUUCGGGUGGCAACGAUCGCGAUAUACAGCCACUCUUCACGAGAAGGGGCAAGGAAUCGCUCACUCCCGAGCGCUACAUGGAAAUGGUGGCCAGCUUUAAGCCAGACGUCUACCAGGGACUUUGCGAUGCAGACACAAAUGCGGAGAGUGCGAAGAAAAGGGUUCAGAAAUCAGUCGAUAGGACGGAGAAGUUUAUGCACUACAUCUACGAGCACCGCGGCAAGGUGGAGUCCACACUGCUAGCUCCCAUUGUGGGCGGUUACUGUACCUUUGCCCGGACGCAGUCCAUCAAGCAUGCCCGCGAACAGCCAGCGGGCAGCUAUGGGGGUUACAUUUUGGAGGGAUUCCACACAAAUGGUUUGGGGGCCACCACUUUGGAAUCUUCCAAACUACUGAGUAUUGUAGAGCACUGCAUUAAGCAGCUGGAAGAGGACAAGCCUAGGAUAAUGACGGGCGCUUACACGCCCCUAACAGUUCUGGAACUCAUCCGCCAAGGAAUCGAUGUGUUCGACACCUCCUAUGCCUAUUGUGCUUCCCUGAACUUCAAGGCUUUGACAUUUGGCUUUGUGCAGGAUGCAGUGGAGCAUGUUCCCUUCCUAGACAUAACGGAUGAAGCUAUAAAGGAGGAUUUUAAGCCACUACUAAGCAACUGCACCUGCCUGACCUGCCAGAAACACACGCGUGCCUAUCUGCAUCAUCUGUACAAGACUAACGAGCUCCUAGGUCCCAUAUUACUAAUGGUUCACAACCUGCAUCACUACAUGACCUUUUUUGAGGCAAUUCGUCAGAGUGUGGCCAACGACUCGUUGUCGCAAUUGAUAGAGCUUGUGAGGAAUCAGAAUGGCAAAUCCCAGGUGGAUUAUUCCAUUUCCGCUAACACCAAAGUUAUCAGCAAGGCCACCAUGGGCAAGGGAUUUGCAGCGGCCGCUGUGUAACCUGACAGGCCAAUCAAACAGUAAAGUUAGUCUAGAAA